AUUUUCAUCAGUAUCCAAAUUCGGAGAGAUAUAGAUCACCGAAUUCAGAGAGACGGAAAUAAAAAAUGGAGGGGAUAGAGCACAGAACUGUGAACGUCAAUGGCAUAAACAUGCACGUAGCAGAGAAAGGCAAAGGUCCGCUGAUUCUUUUCAUCCACGGAUUCCCGGAGCUCUGGUACUCCUGGCGCCACCAGAUCCUCGCUCUUGCCUCUCUAGGCUACCGUGCCGUGGCUCCUGACCUCCGUGGCUACGGCGACACCGACGUACCGGAUUCAAUCGGCAGCUACACUUGCUUCCACUUGGUCGGCGAUCUCAUUGCUCUUCUCGAUGCUAUCGCUGUGGACCAGGAGAAGGUGUUCGUUGUCGGCCAUGACUGGGGCGCAAUCAUUGCUUGGUAUUUGUGCUUGCUCCGGCCGGACAGAGUCAAGGCUCUGGUGAACUUAAGCGUACCGUAUCUCCGAUUUGAUCCAACAAAGAAGCCCGUCGACGCCUGGAGAGCUGCUUAUGGCAACGACUAUUACAUCUGCAGAUUUCAGGAGCCACGAGAAAUCGAAGCAGAUUUUGCACAGAUCGGAACGGAGAAACUUAUGAAGGAGCUCCUGGCAUUCAGAGUUCCAGGUCCUCUCCUUUUUCCUAAAGGUAAACCGUUCGGACAUCCUCCGGAGAGUCCCGUCGUUUUGCCUUCCUGGUUGUCAGAGGAAGAUGUCAAGUACUACAUUGGCAAGUUUGAGCAGACAGGUUUCACUGGAGGUGUCAAUUAUUACAGGAACUUGAAUCUAAACUGUGAAUUGUUGGCGCCGUGGGUGGGAAGUCAGAUCAAGGUACCGGUGAAGUUUUUGAUCGGAGAUCAAGAUCUUGUCUAUCAUAUGCCGGGAAUGAAGGAUUAUAUUCACAACGAAGGUGGAUUCAAGAAAGAUGUGCCAUUGCUGGAGGAAGUGGUUGUUAUGGAAGGAGUUGCUCACUUCAUCAACCAAGAGAAAGCGGACGAGAUCAAUAACCACAUUUUUAAUUUUUUCCAAAAGUUCGUUUAAAAGUUGCCUAGAACAAUUUCACGAUCCUUGUGUGUUAAUUGUUCUUAUUUCUGCUUUCUCUUGAGAAUAAAGGUUGAGUUUGACUAAGAAUUCAUCAAAUUGAGUGGGAAUACUGAGUGUAACCGACCAUUGUUACGACUCACGAAUAAAAAAAUCUGUUCUAA